UGAUGAGAAGAAGAGGACAGAGAGAAGAAACCUUUUUUACCACAAAACACACAACUCACAAACAAACCCACUCUCAAGAACUAACUCCAUUUAAAAACCAAACCUUUUUGCUUAGUUUCAUUCCCAAAUCAGUAAAAAUAGGUUUAAUCGAAGAACCCCAUCGGAAUUCCACUGAGGAAUUGCGUCAGUCUCGUUCUUGUUGCGGCUUGAGGAAGAAGCAGAGCACUAGUUUCAGUAGCAACCAAGACAAGAACAAGGAGGAGGAACAAGUCAAAUCGAAGAUGCAGACUACGACUACGGAACCACCUACUCAGCCUCAGAAUCAGCAGCAGCAGCAGAUGGUGAGUUUGAGUUUUAGUAGCCAGAUGUCUAAAGAAGAUGAGGAGAUGGCUCGUUCUGCUCUCUCUGCUUUUAGGGCUAAAGAGGAUGAGAUUGAGAAGAGGAAAAUGGAAGUUCGUGAAAGGGUUAAGGCUCAGCUUGGUCGUGUUGAGCAAGAGACUCGUCGUCUUGCUAAUAUCCGCGAGGAGCUUGAAUCUAUGGCAGAUCCAAUGAGGAAGGAAGUUAAUUGGGUGCGUAAGAAGAUUGAUAGUGUCAACAAAGAACUCAAACCAUUAGGCUCUACGGUUCAAAAAAAGGAAAGAGAAUACAAAGAAGCAUUGGAUACAUUCAAUGAGAAGAAUCGUGAGAAAGUUCAGCUGAUCACCAAGCUAAUGGAGAUGGGACAGUUGGUUGGAGAAAGCGAGAAGCUGAGGUUGAAGAAGCUUGAGGAGCUAAGCAAGAGCAUUGACACCGAGUGAAAAGCUUAUCUCACAAGACAUGACCAAACAAAUCAAGAACUAAUCUGGGUUUAGGGUUCUAUGGUUUUAUUUUGUGUAUUUAUUUUUACUUUUUUUACAUUUUGGAAUGUUUUGCUUAGUUUUUGGGUGUUUUAGUUUUCUUUUUUUCUCUAUUUGGCUAUGAUUUGUGGGUUGAUUUGUAAAAUUAUGAUGGGAUUUUUCGUGUUUUUGAUUAACCAUUAUUAGGGAAGGGAAAUGGGGAUUAGCCUACUGAAUGCUAAACGGUUUGUAAGUUUGAAUUUAUUUAUUUUGUUUUUUUUUCGUUUGAAUAUUAUUUUAUUUUUAGCUUUAUUUUAAUU